ACGUUUUUUCUGACUUUCUGACGCACCGUGGAACUUUUUGUCCAUGUCACCAGCAAACCUGAGGCCAGGACACCCAUCAACCUGCAGCAAAGCUCUCUGCCUUUUCCACGGAUUAAUUUAACCAGACCGGGAUUCGAUAGCCUGGUUAUGGAUUUUAACCUGCUGACGGACAGUGAACCCCGCAGCCCUGCGCUGUCGCUCUCCGACUCCGGGACCCCGCAGCACGACCAGGGAUGUAAAGGCCAGGACAACAGCGACGCAGAGAAAUCUCACCAGAACCAGCUGGAUGAGUCCAGCGCCGAGGAUGGCUCUCUGAAGAAGAAGCAGCGGCGGCAGAGGACUCACUUCACCAGCCAGCAGCUCCAGGAGCUGGAGGCCACCUUCCAGAGGAACCGCUACCCCGACAUGAGCACCAGAGAGGAGAUUGCAGUGUGGACCAACCUCACUGAGGCACGGGUCAGGGUAUGGUUCAAGAACCGGCGUGCCAAGUGGAGAAAACGGGAGAGGAACCAGCAGGCAGAGUUAUGCAAAAAUGGCUUUGGUGCCCAGUUCAAUGGACUCAUGCAGCCCUACGACGACAUGUACACGGGCUACUCCUACAACAACUGGGCCACCAAGAGCCUAGCAAGCAGCCCACUGUCCGCCAAGAGCUUCCCAUUCUUUAACUCGAUGAAUGUAAGCCCCCUGUCCUCCCAGCCUAUGUUCUCCCCCCCUAGUUCCAUCCCCUCCAUGAACAUGGCCUCUAGCAUGGUGCCCUCAGCGGUGGCCGGGGUUCCCACUACGGGGCUCAACAACCUGGGCAACCUCAACAACCUCAACAGCCCCACGGCGCUGAACUCGGUAGCGGUGACUGCAGCCACGUGCCCCUAUGCCACCACAGCCAGUCCCUACAUGUACAGAGACACCUGCAACUCCAGCCUGGCCAGUCUGCGGCUCAAGGCCAAGCAGCACGCCAACUUCGCUUAUCCGGCAGUGCAGAACCCCGUGUCCAACCUGAGCCCCUGCCAGUACGCCGUGGAUCGGCCGGUAUGAAGAUGAAGCCCCGACAACGACCCCUGACCCAGCCGACCAGUAAGUCUACAAUUCCCCCACUUCACGUCUCUUCAGUUCCAUCUCUAAGCUGCCAAAUGUGCUGCAGACUGGCAGAUUGUGUGGUGAUGGUACGCAAUGAGAAUAAUCAUCAGAACUGACAAACAACAAUAGACAUGCCCAGAUGGACCACCGCACCUCAAAGGAAUUCUCUCUAGUUUGUGAGACUUUGUCGCUGAACUGACCAACUGCUUAUCAGGAUUUCUAAAGAUUAUUAUCCAUUAUCAUUUUUUUCCUUCUUUUGAACUGCAUGAUUAGAGUAAUCGUAGAAAUGAAGGGUAAAUAAAACAUGGACGCUUCAUCUGGACAGGUGGUCAACAUCUUGGCCCGUAAAACAUCAAAUACAAUCUUUGCUACUAUCGCAGGAAAAGGGACCUGUGGUUGCAGUGUGGGAGAAAUGGAGGAUGUAUAUAAUGGACUUUUUUCUGUUUUGUAUGUGACAAAAAAUAUAUGAAAAUGUACUUUGAAGAUGAGAAAAGCAUGUUCUUUAAAAGCAAAGGCCCUAGGUUGAUGUACUGUAAGCACAUCCUUUAGGAACUUCAAACUUUGUUGUGAAUUCUUCUCCCCGUGGAAGGUCAAAGGUCAGCUUGGGCAGGCAAGAGGAGGGCAGUCCUGUAAAGUUAACACAAACUCAAGUGGUUAAACACAAAUGCAACAAUUUACUCACACCUAUACCAGAAUAUCAGCAAGAUUUUUCAAGUAAAACUCUAAAAAGCCAUUGAGUAUAUAGAUUUGUGUGGUG